ACCGCUAAACGUCACCAUGUCUAUGGACAUGUCAAAACAAACUUUUAGGUUAGGUGAUAAUAAUGGUGCUUUGUACCCCAUGAUAACUAAUGGUGUCUCUAUGGCUCCCUCACCCAUCCACCAUCUUCGCCCUAAACCACUACAUCCUAGCCCUCCUUGCCCUAACCUCAAUCACCGGUGACUACAUCGUCUCCCACACCAAACUUCACCUCUUUCAAGCUCUCUUCGAUAACGCCACUCAUGCCACAGUCGGGGGGCUGUCGUGGCUCUACGUCUGUGUAAACUACAAAAACCGCUCUCAUUUACAAACAUUGCUAGAAAUAGCGGCGUGUGCCGGAGUUGCGUCGUUAAUCGACGUUGACCAUUUCGUGUCAGCGCGGUCUUUUCGGUUAAAAGAUGCUACGAGCUUAUCGAAGCGACCACCGCUUCACUGUUCUACGUUUCCGGUGAUUUUUUGUUUGGGGCUGUUGUUGCUGAGUUACCUGUGUCAGGUGGAGGUGUGGAAAAAGAUUUCUUUGAUUGUUUUAACGGCUUUUGUGAGCCACCAUACGAGGGACGCUACGAGGAGGGGGUUUUGGGUGUACCCGUUUGGGUCUACACCACCUAUACCAUAUUAUGGGUAUGUGGGGUUGACGUGUCUUAUCCCGUUUGUAGUGUGCGAGUUGUACAGGGUUGUUAAGGUUGAAGGGGCCAGAUUUCAUUUUGUCAGUAAGGGGUCUGUAAUAUGAGUUUUGGUCUAUUGUUGAUUUAAUGUCUACUGUUUUAUUGUUAUUAUUAUUAUUAUUAUUAGUACUAGUAGACUAGGUUUUUUAUGUGAUAUUUUAGUAGAUUUAAGAUUUGAAAAUAAACUAUAUUGUUUUGUAAA